CGCCGCUCAGUCCGUGCCUGGAGCGCCGCACGCUAGCGGCACACGCGGAGCCGCACUUCGGCGCAGCAUGGAGGACGCGGCGGCGGCGGGUGAGAGCAAGGCGGGCCACGGCCGGAACGGCCAUGCCGAGGGCCCUGCGGCCGAGGAGCGGCGGGGCGGCGGGGCCCGGCUGCGGGGCUGCCGCGGGUUCCUGCGGCGCAACGCGCUGGUGCUGCUGACGGUGUCGGGGGUGGUGGCCGGCGUGGCGCUGGGGGCCGCCGUGCGCAGCGCGGAGCUGAGCCCGGCACAGGUCUCCUACCUGGCCUUCCCCGGGGAGCUGCUGCUGCGGAUGCUGCGCAUGGUGAUCCUGCCGCUCGUGAUCUGCAGCCUGGUGUCGGGCGCCGCCAGCCUGGAUACCCGCUCGCUCGGCCGCCUGGGUGGCAUCGCGGUCGCCUAUUUCCUGGGCACCACGCUGCUCGCCUCCGGCCUCGCCGUCGCCCUCGGCUUCAUCAUUCGCCCCGGCGCCGGUGCCUCCGCGCUCAACACCCAGCUGGGGCUGCCGGGCGCGCUCCCCAAGAGCAAGGAGACGGUGGACUCCUUCCUGGACCUCAUCAGAAACCUGUUCCCUGCAAAUCUUGUUGCUGCAGCUUUUGAAACGUAUGCGACAGACUAUCAGCUGCUGCUCAGGAACACAACCUCUGGAAAUAUCACAUGGGAAAAGGUCCCUGUAGGUACUGAUAUCAGAGGGAUGAACAUCCUGGGACUGGUGCUGUUUGCUCUGGUUUUAGGAGUGGCACUGAAAAAGCUUGGCCCGGAGGGGGAAGAUCUGAUUCGCUUCUUUAACUCAUUCAAUGAGGCAACAAUGGUCUUGGUUACCUGGAUUAUGUGGUAUGUACCUAUUGGCAUUAUGUUCCUUGUUGGGAGCAAGAUUGUGGAAAUGGAAGAUAUUGUGCUUCUGGUGACCAGUCUGGGAAAAUACAUCUUUGCCUCUAUCCUGGGCCACGUCAUCCACGGAGGAAUCAUUCUGCCACUUAUUUAUUUUGCAGCCACACGGCAAAAUCCGUAUCGUUUUCUCUUAGGACUUAUCACACCACUUGCCACUGCCUUUGCCACUUGCUCCAGCUCAGCCACGCUCCCGUCCAUGAUCAAGUGUAUCGAGGAGAACAACGGGGUUGACAAGAGGAUCAGCAGGUUUAUCCUUCCCAUUGGGGCCACUGUAAACAUGGAUGGAGCUGCUAUUUUCCAGUGCAUGGCAGCUGUGUUCAUUGCUCAGCUGAAUAAUGUCGACCUCAACCCUGGGCAGAUCUUCACAAUUCUCGUGACGGCCACGGCGUCCAGCGUGGGAGCGGCCGGCGUCCCUGCCGGAGGCGUCCUCACCAUCGCCAUCAUCCUCGAGGCCAUCGGGCUGCCCACCAACGACCUGUCCCUCAUCCUGGCCGUGGACUGGAUCGUGGACCGAACCACCACAGUUGUGAAUGUGGAAGGGGAUGCCCUGGGAGCAGGCAUCCUUAAUUACCUGAAUGAAAAAGACAAGAAAGAGAGAGAGCAGGAGCUCAAGGAAGUCACCGUAGAAGCAGUUGCUAACAGCAAGUCUGAAGCAGAAACGUCACCCUUGGUAACCCACAAAAAUCCAGUCUCCAACACAAGCAGCACGGCAGACCCUGACUCCAAGGAAUCAGUAUUGUGAACUCGAGACCAGUCCUCGAGGCAGCCCAGGGACUUGGCAACGCACCCAGACCUUUGCAGUGCGACCUGGGGCUGGGUGGCUCUUGGAAGUGCUCCGUUCCAGUCUGCUUUGAAAUAUGCUGGCCUGGGGAAGGGGAGGGAGGUGGGGUGGGCAGAGGAGGGGUGUUGAGGAGGAACACUCGCUUUAUAAUAGUAUUUUGAUAGUUUAUGUGUGUACAUGUAUGCGUGUUGCGCUGCACACUUGUGUACAUGUACGUGAGCACUGCCAUCGAGGCUUCUGGUGUAACAAGACUUCCAUUAGUGAAGGCUCAGAUGGGUUGAAGAUAGGGAGGUAGACAAACCCAGUAUGUGCUUAUUGUAGGGAAAAAAUUUUGCUGCUGUUUGAAUGGAGUAGCAGUCUAAAAACUCCAGAGUGGGUGAAAAUGUUGCUUAAAUUUGUUUUCCAGCCUGGAAACACUUACCAACUAUUACAGCCAUGAUAUGAAGCAACAUUUUUCUCCCACUCCCCUUCCUUCAUGUUCUCCGAUCCAUUAAAAACCUUAAAUAUGUCCUUAAAACUAGCUGUUUUCUAUUUUUAAUUUUUUUUGUUUCAUACCUAAAUUAAUAGCUUAUAGGGACUUGUUUCAUUCUCUCUCUACCUUGCAGCUCAUAGCAGCUUUCCUUGUUUAGUAACUCCCAAACUGUGGGACCAAACAGAGGAGAUCUUCAUGCAGAUCAAGGAUUGGUUUCCUCCUUUCUUCUAACCAAGCUGUUAAGGAAAAAAUCCAGAAGAAGAGCAAAUUUUGUUAAAGUAAUCCCUUUGGAGCUGAAAAAAAUGUAGAGUCUGUUCCAGCAUUAGUAUGUCUGAAAGAGGCUUGCCUUUGACAACAUCCAUAAAUCCAAAAGUCGGUUCCCUUCAUGAAAACACACAUGAUUCUCUGUUAGCAUGCCCUGUCCUACUCAUGUUUAUUUAAUGGGUCAAUCAAAACAACUUUAGUCAUGCUCUCUUUCAGCAAAAUUGAAUAGGGGAAGAAAAAUUCUGAACACACAUCAUGUGAGAACUGAUGACAGGCAACUCUGAGUCUUGGCUUGAAAGGGGAAGAGGUGAGUUUAUAACCCCAGUGAUCUCUGUGUGAGAGCUGGCUACCUGUUCUUGCUAGGAGUUUGGUCCUGCCAUAAAUGUUUUUCUGGCAGCAGUUUACUUGUAGUAAUUCUGGGUGGUGCUGGGCCAGGAUAAUGCUUUCAUGGCAGGUGGUAACCUUUGCUCGAAGCUCAGCAAAAUGCUUCUGGAUUCUUACUCCUCCUUUUUGCCUUUACUUUGUCCUUCCUGAAUUUACAUCCCAAACCUGAACAAAGUCUGGCAAAUUCAUUACAAAGAUCCUGUUGCUUUAUCUUGGCUCUUUGGAUGCUAAUAGUUAGAAAAUUAUAACUACACAUGUCAAGAUUUGCCUGGACUUGUGAUGUUUUCCCUUGGCUACUGCAGCAAGAGAUUACAUACUGUCCAUCUCCACACUGUUAAUUCAGCAAUAUAUAUUUACACUUAGCUUUGAUAUAAUGUAAUGCUAAAGUCUCCCUUUUACUUUCUGCUUUCUUGACUCAGUGGAAUCUAUCUUGGAAAGAUACCAGCACUAGGAAGAGGCAGCUCCACUUCCAUAGCAGCAGCUGCCUUCCUUUGCAAAGCAUCCCUCCUGGUAGAGGGACACAAUGGAUUUUGCAGGAGGACACUCAGAGUGAGAUGUGGCCACCCCUGAGGGAGAGCACCGUGAGUGUGUCAUGACUGGCUGGUUAAUCCAGGCACUGCAGCCAUGCAGACAAUCCAAGCAGGAAAGGAUUAGUCAGCCCUCUGGGAAACUGCAGGUGGAGUUUCUUCUUAACCAAUUUAUUUGUAACCAUGUCCACAAAAUUUGGUCAUUCCUUGGCUCACCUUCAAAAUGAAAGGAGACAAACACAGUUCUGUAGGGAUGUCUUUUGCCCAGCAGAUCAACUUUGCAUUUCUUCCUGUUAGAAUCAUCCCAACUCCUUUCAACUCAGGAAACCAAAAGCACAUUUUUAGGUCUAAGUAUCUCUUUGAAAUAUCUGAGUGCACCAGAACCCCAAAUACUUCAAUUUUAAAGUAGUAUAUUGAUGUCUCAAGGAAGCUGAAAAUCUUGACUGUCUCCUGUGGGCUGGUUCUGUAGUUUAAUUUUAUCCCUCAUCAGAUGUUUAGCUCCUGUGCUUUUGUGAGAUCCCUGGAAUGCUGUGUACAGUUCUGGUGUUCCCAACACAAGAAGGACAUGGAGCUGUUGGAGCAAGUCCGGAUGAGGGCCACAGAGAGGAUGGGAGCACUGCAGUGACAGGCUGCCAAAGUUGUUCUGCCCAGAGGAGAGAAGGUUGCAUUGCAACCUUCCAGAAUCUGAAGGGGGCCUACAGGGAGGCCAGAGAGGGGCUUUGUCAGGAACUGAGUGGUAGCACAAGGACCAAUGGAUACAAGCUGAAAGAGAUGAAAUUUAGUGAGAUACUGGAACAGGUUGCCCGGGGAGGUUGUAGAUGCCCCAACACUGACAGUGUUCAAAUAUCCAGGCCGGAUAAGGCCUUGAGUAACCUGGUCUAGUGGGAGCUGUCCCUGCACAUGUCAGGGGGAUUCUGACUGGAUGAUCUAUAAGGUCCUUUCCAACCCUUUAACAUUCUGUGGUUCUGUGCUGCUCUCUCUCACUGUGACACAUGGAGCUAGCAUCAGCACAUGAGGGCACUACUAACCUGACAAUUCUUGAAGCAUCACAGCACCAUUUCAGAGAAGAAAUGACAAUUUUAAUUUUUUUCACCCUGAAGAUGUUGUUGCCCACAGGAAGAAGUACUGCCCCGGGCAAACCCAAAGGCUGGGCUUCCUUGCAAGGCACUGCUUUGCCAUAUGAUCCUUCUUCCCUAUGGUGCUGCAGCUGGAGCUUGCUUCAUCCUUGUGGCAGUGUGCCAUGGGCUGUGGCACAUUGUUCCUGACAGGGCAUCCCAGGAAACUGAGGAUUGAAGCAAAUCCCCCAGUAUUAGUAUUUUCCAAUAGCAGUGCAGAAGUUCAGUCUUCACUGAACACCUCUCCCAGUCCCCACUAUGGGUUGCCCUAUUUUACAUGGAUGUGAAUGUCUAGUCCCAUGUAAAGCUUGUUAGAGCAGUUGGAUUUAAGGAGGUCAAAUCAUUCUCAUAGCAGGAAUUUAAUCAAGGAAAUCUGAUAUUAAUUUUCUUGGAGACAGGUAUCAUAAGAUUUAUAUGAACCAUGAGUAUUCAGCCCUUAACCUGCCAGAAAUCUGUAGUCUUACAGAAGCCUUACUUUAGACUUAAAAAUGUGCCAGGUCUUUUGUUGUUUGUGCACAACAAGAGGGAUGGAAGCAGUAGUGCUGGAUAAUUACUGCUUGUCAGAACAUCUUCUUGGUCAUUUUUUUAAUCAUUUGUGUCAAAAUUUACAUUUCUUGUUUUUCUGUGAUGUUCCCAUUCCUCACAAUAGCCGUGAUGCAUUCUAGAACUCUCUUCCUGGAUUGUUUUCUUAAGGUAGGAAUAUGAAAGAUCCAUUACUGCACUCUCUGAGACUGUAAAAAAUGUGAUGCAUUCCAACAACUGCCACUGUAAUGAUGUGGAUCCUGGUGGUAAGCCUGAUGAGAUAGAAGACUCGGCAUUUGCUCCAAGUGGUCAGGGUCUUCAGGCUGCUGGGAGAAAAAUGAAAGGGCAGUUGGGGGAUGUCCAUUUGAGAUGCUGUUCUUGACCUUCCUGUUCCAGGAGGCUGUAAGCUGACAAGGUGCUCAGGAGCCUUGUGGGUGCAGCCAGUGGGAACCUGCUCUGCUCUGCUCUGCUUCACCCAGGCACUCCACUAAUCUGGUGCCAGUGUGGUACUUAACUCCAGUGUCUCUUGUCUGGACAUAUAUUUCUGUCCUCAUGGCAUAACUGUAAAUUGGAAACCUUUAGUCAGUUGCUUUUUUUUUUUUAAGAGGAAAUAAAUUCCAUAUUGAAAGCACUAUUUUCAGAAAACACUAUUUUCUAUUGUUUUUUGUUGUUUUGUUUUUUUUCUGGGAGGUACAAGUUCUCUCCUCAGCUCAUGUCCUACCCUCUAGGACAGGAAUUGCUUUUUGAGAGAAAGUUAUGGAAAUUACAUGGUGUGUUUCUUGAGGUGUCCUGUGCAAGGCCAGGAGUUGGCCUCGAUGAUCCUCAUGGGUCCCUUCCAACUCAGUGGUUUCUAUGAAAUAUUGAAGAGUCUGCAAGCCUUUUUUUUCAGGGAAGUUUCUUUGACCAUUUUGCACCAUCUUUUAUUUCUUCUCUAGGACUGACUUUUCACUCCAUUCUUUAUUUAUCACUGCCUGAUCUCGUCCUGUUUCCUGGGAUACCAUAUGUUCUUUUUAUGUUUCAGUGGCUCAGGAAUAAAGGGGAGAGUGGACAGAGUUUUGAGGGCUCCAGUUUGCAUUCUGCCUUGCUCCUGUUCUGGACUCAGCAGGGGUUUGUGAGCCUUGGUAAUUGAGUUGCUCUGAGAGUGCCAAGCAGUCUCUGUCUCUCAUAUUGAGAAAGGUGCUUGUUCUGUGCUGUGAGAUGUGGCUGUAGAUGCCUGAAAAACUUCAGUGAGCAGUGGAAGAUGCCAGGACUUGACUGCUUGUAGGGUAUUUUCAGUAAAGAUCUUGUAUUCCAAAGAAUUGGGCUUUAGCUGAGUCUUGGUGUUGGUAAUUGCUCUACAAGACUGGGUAAUUGCAAACCCCUUCAACCCUUGCUGGGGAUGUCUCUGCAAUCAGGAUGGCUUUUGUGUUGAGAACAGACCAGAGCCAAUCCCAGCGCUUCCCCUGCCAGGAUGUGACAGAUGUGACAGAUAGAACAGAGAUGUGGAGCCAGCCAAAGCACCACAUGGGUUGGUGAAACAAUCUCUGCUUUGUCUUUGCUGGGCAGCCCUGAGGAGGCAGUGGCCCUGAGGUGGUGAGAGACUGGGGGGAGGCUGUGAGGGGCAGGCUUUCCUGGUGCUUCCUCUGCUCCCAUACUCUUCCCUGGGCAUUUGCUGUGACCAGUGCCAGAUAUGGACCUGACCCAGUGUCACCAUUCCUGUUCUCCUGUGGUUCCUCCUUAUUUUGCAGCAAGAACAAUGAAAUCUGAGGUGUUAACACAGUUCCUCUUUCAGUCAAGUCAAAGUCCCUGUCAUCUCUGUGACUGACCACCCAGCCAUAUUUUGUAGGCUGUGUCCUCAAGAGCUUGCAAAAAGGCCAAAAUCAGCACCUCUUCUGCAAAGAUUUGCAGCAUUGGUCAACAGUCUGGGCCAAAUCUUCACUCUGGUCCUUUGCUAGCACAGAGCAUUUCUGCAGCCACUGUAAAGCAUCAUCUGUUGGAAAUGAUAAUUUUUUAAUCCUGACCCUCCCACAGGCAGUGAGCAGUGGGCCUCAGGAACCAAGUCAAAAGACCAAAAUACAAACUCUCACCAAAGAAAAAUUGUUACAUCUUCACUGAUUUUAACAGAGCCUGGGCAGUUCAUAAUGACAGAGCUGCCUGUAGUGACUGAUCUGGUGACAGAUGAACAGCACAGAAUUAGGCAGGUUGCAUAAGUCCUAUACCUGUGCUUCCUUUUCUGUAAAUUAGGUUUUCAGAUACUUAGAUGUCUCUCACAGGCCCUAGUGUGGAAGAUAGUGAGUUGCAAUAUUUGGAAAGCACUCCUAAGACACAGAGCAGUAAAUCUUGAAGAAUAAUGAACUUUUCAAAAAUUUUAAAGGAAUCAAGUAAUGAAAUUAUGCAGAGUUGCGUUGUGCUAGAGAAGGAAUGACUGAUGGAAAAGAGAUCAGGUGGAUGCAUUUGCUGGGCUAGUUUGGGAAGAGCUGGUGUCAGUGUGAGCUGCAGUUCAGAAAGGGGAUGUGACUUAGUCAAGGACAACACAGUGCCCUCUUCUGUCUGCCUCCUUCCAUCUCCACCUGACAUACCAUGAAAGCUUAGGCUCAGGUAAAUUAACAGACAUCACCAUGGAUUCAACAUCUAAAUUGGGAGUCUUGACAGCUUAGUUCCUGACUAGUUUCAGUGGGAGAAAGAGCUUUUCAACUCAAAGAACAAGUUGUCUUGUUGUCAGUAUGGGUGACAAAGGUGGAGAAAAAGAAGGAAGAGCUGGAAGGCUGCAGAGGCACAGGGUAAGCAAGAGGAUACAGAAGCAUCUUUUCCUUGGCAUUUUGAUAUGGACAGGAUCAGAGAGGUUGGAGGCAUUUGUCUGGCACGUAGCAGAGACAAUGCAAAUGUGCUUGGUGGGGUUUGCAGGAGAGGCAGGAGUGCUGAAGUGUCUGAAAUGCAACAAGGCAGCAUGCAGAGGGCCAGCAUGGAGCUCUGGUAAGCUGCUGCUGGCUGCUGGCCAUGACCAGAGGAACAGCAGUGCAGUUCUGCAUCAGGGAUUGACCCACAUUCCUCCUUGCAGGAUAGCUAGGACAAAUGCUCCUCAGAGAAAUGCAUGGAGACCAUUAUUCUCCAAGGACAAAGACCAACUUGUUAUCUGUGGGAGCAUAUUGAGGAAAGCCAUGCUCACUUGCUGCUUCAGUUUUCUGGCAGGAGGAACACGGAUCUUUUGACAAAUGAUCUAAAACUUCUUCCGGACUUUGGGCAACACAUUGAGACAGUUGCCCCUGAAUAUUUCAACUCUGACAAUAAGUGAUCCAGAGCCUUAUUUGGCUCACGAAGGUCUUCACAUCUGAGCACUGUCUUGGGAAGUUAAUGUUAACACAGAAUUCAUUCUCUGCAUGGGGUCCUUACAGGCAUUUGUGACCAGCAGGCAUCAGUUCACAUCUGUACAAGUGAAUGAAUACAGAAAAAGGUGAAAGAACUCUCUCUUGAGUCACAUGAAGAGUUGCCAAGCUGGUUAGGAGCAGACUCAGUCCCUAAGCCAGGUUCAUUGUUAGCUAACAGCUAUCACCUCCUUAAAAGAAUCCACAUCUGAGGGCUUAUAAAUAUAUUUGACUCUGUACAGAGAUUUUAAUAGGAGAGGGGAAAAAAUCUUUCAUUCAAGAGUUCACAGGGUGGUUACUUACCAAAUUAUAUGUCAGUGUCAGCAGAUGCAUCAUCCUUAACAGUUGUGAAAUCUCAUUUGGAUUUAACCUGAGAUCUUGGUGCCAGCAGGAGGUGAGGACUGUGGACAUUUCAGCUGGCCCACAGCUUUUAUGUAAAAUCUUGCUCAAUAAACAUUUAUACUUGUCUCCCAAGGCCACAGAUAUUGCUUGCAAGGCAAGCAGGGCUACCAACAGGAACCAGUAUGAGGAAAUGGAUUUUGAGCCAGCUCUGUUGUAAUGCAAAGUUAACGGUGUGGUUUUAAGCCACAGAGACCAAGAAAUUUGGUCUUGGAUGUUCCUUAGGAUAGUUUUCACUUGCUCCUUCUGGUAAAACAACACUGAGAAAGCAAUGCUCUUCCUUGCCAAGCAUGUAUUUAGUAAUUGAAACUAAACUGCGUAUGGCAUGUGCGUGCAACUUAAUUGCAGUUACAUGUUGCAGAAGGAAAUUACUAAGGGAACUCUUCUCUCAAGGAACUGUUUACAAUAUCUGAAUCCCCCAGAUUACAUUCCCACAGGAAAAGUUGUGCUUAACCAUAAAAAAUACUCUAGAUAUUAACUGGUUUGGAUUGUAGCUUUUUUUAGAAUCAGAAGGAAUGCUGCAAAGAGGACAGGCCAGGGCCUUCACUGAUGUGCAUUGAUGUAAUUUCCUGAGUUUUCUGUGGUUUCUGGAUUUCUGAUGGAGAUACCUCUGUAGCAGCAUUAGAGGAUUGGUCUGGACCUUUUAAGAUGAUCAUGAUCAACAAAGCAGCAGUAAAGCAAUGUUUUUAAAGCAAUCUUUCUUGGCUGUAACUAAAGGCAUUUUAUGUGCUCAGAGUAUUCUUAUGAUGUGGUGCCUCUAAUAAAAAAGUGUUUUCCUAGUGGUCGGUGUUGAAGCAGAAGCAAACUUCCUCAUGUUUUGUUCAGUUUGCCUUCUCUGUAUCCCUCCUGCAGAGUCUGUUUGCUCCUUGGAGCCUGCCCAGAUGCCAGCAGGAUCAGGCUCCUGUAGUACAUAGAUCAAACUUAAAGGUAUUCAAGUUUGGGGCCAUGGACUGUUUCCUGUCCUGUUGGGAGGGGACAAAGACACGUUUGCAGCUUUGGAGAGCAUCUGGCUGAACAAACCCUGCUUCAUUAAGGCAAUACCUUAAUGACAUUUUACACUUAAUUAGUCAAAUAAUUGUGACCAAGGUGGCCCAGCUGUCGCUGCCUCCCUGCUCUACUCCACAACAGAUGCUCUGUUGACUUGUCUUCCCUGAAGGCCACUGUGGGAAGACAUCAUGUGUUUCACACAUGUGUUUCACUUCAUGGUGUGUUUGCCAUCCAUGAGAAUUCCAUUCUUUUAAGGACACAAUCCUAUUUAGAUUUCCUCAGUUCCUAUCCUGGCUGCACUCUUGUAAGGCUGUGCUGUAUGGGAUGGAGACCAUGUGUAGCACUGCAAACAGCUGAGCAAACCUCUGCUCCUGAACGGCUUCUUGGUUACAGCAAACUGAGACUGACUCACUCACACUUUGUGAGGGUGAAGACUUUGAUUAGAUUUUGAUUAAUCCCUCAGAUUCAGGGAUAGCAGGACCACCCCUGCACAUGAGGAGUCCCCUUCUGCCUUAUUAUCCUUAAAGGUGCCUUGUCCUGGCUCCCUUCAGGACAAAUUCCAAGUUGCUGUUUGGCUUUCAAGUAUAACUAUGCACCAAAGCUGAAAGACUCCAUUAUCCCUGGAGACAGGAGGGAGAAUGGGAUAUCCUGGUGUGAGACAAGGAAAAUGGGUUUCUUUUCUUUAUCCUGUGAGCUCUCUGGCAGCAAUCCUGAGGUGUGUAUGUGUGUGUGCUUUUAUUUCUACCUGAACACAAACUGCUCUAUUAGGAGGAAGGAUUAUUGUAUUUUUAUAUGCUAAACCGUUUGAUUAAUUACUUUAAUAAAGAGAAAGAUGAACUCUGAAAUUCACUGCCAUCCACUCCAGUAUAAUCCAGAAUCACUGAUACAAGUGUAUCUGCCUUGUGCUUAGAGUAACCACUCCUUUGAAGAGGUGUUUGUGCCAUGUGGGUGUGUUGAUCCUUGUGCCCAUCAGUAGCUGUUCCUCUUUCAAAGCUGUGGGUUUCUCCCUUGUGACUGUAUCAGCCUUUCCACUGUCUACCAGGAACAGAUGUACGUGCACAGAUGCAAAGACAAGACCGUACCGCUGUGUUGGGGGUGUGUGACCCUGGGGCAGAUGUUCCAGAUGUUUCUUGUGUGCUUUACCCUUUGGAGUAAGGACUCCCUGCCUACCUGGGGAGCAGCCAGUCCUGUGGCUCAGGUUGGGAUGGUUUGUUGUAUUAGGAGGGUGACACAAUGGCAUACUCUCUUUUUCCCUUCUCUCAUGGAAAUGUGUAUUUGUUCUCUCUUUGUGUAGCUUCUCAGUCUAAAAUAAAAACCACCCCCAACAGAA